AUAAUAGAGCCGCCAGAGGAGUACCCCCGUCUUGUUCUCCGUCAAAUAAAAAGGACGGCAAAGGUCGACGGCAAUCCAGACUCCAGAGUAGAGCGACAGUGCACCCCGCCCCGCCCCCUUUGGGUCCGCACUGCAGGCGCCGCCGCCGUUUCCCCCGCCCGUCCCUCCCGGCGCCGCGGCCUCCUGUGUCUGCGAGCGGCAGCGCCCGAUCGGCGAAUCUCGCGAUGGCUGGCGGCGGCGGCGGCGGCGGCGGCGGCGGGUUCCUCAACCUGGAGCGGCACUUCGCCUUCUACGGCGCGUACCACAGCAACCCGGUCAACGUCUUCAUCCACGCGCUCUUCGUCUGGCCCAUCUUCCUCACCGCCCUCCUGCUCCUCCACCUCACCGCCCCGUUCCCGCGCGCCGCCGCGGUCUUCACCGCCGUCUACGGGGCCUUCUACGUCUCCCUCGACCGCCGCUCCGGCGCCCUCGCCGCCGUCCUCUGCCUCCUCUGCUGGGGCGCCAGCUCCGCCCUCGCCGCCCGCCUCGGCUUCUCCCUCGGAUGGAAGGUGGUAUUGGUAGCUCAGCUGUUCUGUUGGACUAUGCAAUUCGUUGGCCAUGGAGUUUUUGAGAAGCGGGCACCUGCUCUAGUUGACAAUCUCGUCCAGGCUUUGCUGAUGGCCCCAUAUUUCGUGCUUCUAGAGAUUCUUCACAAGUUUGCUGCCUACGAACCGUAUCCUGGCUUUCAUGCCAAUGUUCAGAAGCUGAUUGACGCCAAGCGCAAGGAGUGGGCGGACAAGAAAGCGAAGAAGAUGUCAUGAGACGUGACCGAGAACUCCUGAUGAAAGAUGGAAGAUGAAAGAUGAGAAGAUGAUAACAGCGAAGGUGCGAGUGAUCUCUAUGAAGAUAAACAAAACUGUAGACUAAUAUUUAAUCCUGAGAUGUGACAUGCUUGUUGUAUUACAUUACAUCAGUGUGAGGUGAGGCACGCCGUGUUUGGUGUCGUGUUCGUGUUAGUGAAGAUAAGAUGAACAGUGAAGUAAUAAAAAAAUUAAUACAUUAGUGUGAGAUGAGACACGCCGUGUUUGGUGUCGUGUUCGUGUAAGUGAAGAUAAAGAUGAACAGUGAAGUA